AAUUCAUUAACUUACAACAGGGUCUAUAUAAACGUUGAAUAUUGUAUUGGCUUUUAUUCUUUGCAAGCGUCUAUAUAGACCAAAGCGUACACAGCUGACUUUAGCUAGCGAGUUAGCUAGCUAAGUUAUGUAUACUGGAACUUGUUGCGUUGAUGCUGAGCUAUUAGCGAGCAGCAAAACACCCGCCACUUCAGGAGAGUAAAGUUUAUAAACGUGAAGACGCAACUGGUCACGAUAAACAAACAUGAAUUAAUUCUGUGAAUUUGAUGAAAACAAUAAAUUCAACUAGGAUAUUACUUUCAUAAAAUGAAUUUGCAGACCACAGGUUGUGUAGCUAAACGUUACACUCGUAAGAGUAACAAUAAAUCUAACGCUUAUCUGAAUUUGUAAGUUAGUUAACUUCAUCUCAAUUAGCUUUUACGUUAAUCUGAAUUGACCUUCACUUUAGAUAAACAUAACGACCUCAGUCGGCAGCUCAACUCCACCAGGAGGUGGAGCUGGCACCGAUGACUACGAUUUCGACCCGUCUGCUGAUAUGCUCAUUCAUGAUUUCGAUGAUGAGCGAACACUGGAGGAAGAGGAGAUGCUGGAGGGGGAGACAAACUUCAUCGCCGAGAUCGACGACCUUGCCAGAGAAGGCGAGAUGCCCAUUGAAGAGCUGUUGAGUAUGUAUGGCUAUGGCCGAUCUGGAGAAGAGGAGGAGGAGGAGGAGGAGGAUGGCGAGAUUGAGGAAGAUGAGUCAGUGGAGGACGGGGAGAAUGAUGAGAGCAGCAGGGGCACAGAUGAGCCUAAAAGAGCCAUGGACGAUCGAGUGAAGGACUCUUCUGGACUGGAGGAGGACGUCCAGUCAUCUGGCGAUGAGAGGCCUUUACGGGGACACAGCACAGAAAAUCUGAUGCGACCAAGACCUCGCAACUACUUUGAAGGCAAUGAUGGUGAAGAUGAGUCUGAGGAAGAUGAGGACUAUGUUCCAUCAGAGGACUGGAAGAAGGAAAUCAUGGUUGGGUCCAUGUACCAGGCUGAAACACCAUCAGGACUCUGCAAAUAUAUAGACAACGAAAGAGUGUAUGAGAAUGAAGAUCAGCUGCUGUGGAACCCCGAGGAGCUUCCCGAGAGUGAGGUGAUGGAGUUUCUAUCCGAGGCAUCCAAACGCACGGGAGAGGAAGCAGGGGUGGACGCCAUCCCAGAGGGCUGCCACAUCAAAGACAACGAGCAAGCUCUUUAUGAGUUAGUGAAGUGCAACUUUAACACGGAAGAAGCUUUAAGAAGACUCAGAUUCAACGUGAAAGUGGCGCGAGAAGAAAUUUCAGUUUGGACAGAGGAUGAGUGUCGAGGUUUUGAACAGGGACUUAAAGCAUAUGGCAAAGACUUUCACUUAAUACAGGAAAACAAGGUGAGAACUAGAUCUGUAGGAGAAUGUGUGGCCUUGUAUUACAUGUGGAAGAAAUCUGAGCGUUAUGAUUUCUUUGCACAGCAAACCCGGCUUGGGAAAAGGAAAUACAACCUUCACCCCGGCAUCACAGAUUACAUGGACCGUCUGCUGGAUGAGACGGAGAGCGCUGCCUCCAGUCAUGCAGCCUCUCCCCCUCCCACCACGUCCAACAGCAGCAACAGCCAAUCUGAGCGAGACGACUCCAGCACUCACAAUGGUGUAGGUAGCCACUCCAUGGAGGAAGCGCUCUCCACUCCGGGCGACGCGGCCCAGCCCAAUGGAUUGAGCGUCUCCUACGAGCCCCAGGGUACAACAGACCAAGAACUGCAGAACCACUCCAGCUCCGACAGCAGCCAGACCUCCUCGGGAACCGGCCCAGCCAGCACCAGACAGGAGGAAGAGGAGGAGGAGGAGGAGGAGGACGAGGAAGGGUCAGAGAGGCCCCUGAAGAAACGCAGGACUGACUCGGACCCUGAUGCUCAGGACGGGGCCCCCAGGGAAGCUGUGGCCCCCCAGCACAGGACAGACUAGAGCAGUGACUGAAGCACGCAGAGCCACCUGGCGGUUGUCUCUCCGUGCCCUCCCAAAGUACCAUGUCCAUCCCUCAACCAGCAGCACAGCCCUGUGUCAGUUCGCAGGGGACUAAAUCGCAUUGUAAUGAUGUUUUUCCCAUUUGUAUAGAGGAGAAAACAAGAAAAAUUGUCCUUAUUUUUGUAUUUGAUAGUUAUUUAUAUUUUUUAUGUGACAGUUUUGACAAUUUACUUGACGUGUGUGUGUGUGUGUGUGUGUGUGCAUGAGAUGAGAUGAGAUGGGUGUACAUGACAAGUGUGAAUGACCAGAGGUAUGUGAAAUUUGUUUCCUUUGGGGAUGCUGGAUUUGAAAAUGGCACUAAAUAUUGCACUUUGUCUUGGUAUUUUUUGUCCAUGUAGGGUGGUUGGUGCACCAGUGUGCGGUGACUUGGUUCAGCAAGACCUAUUUGUAAUGUUUGGAGAGGACUAAACCAAAGGGCUGUUUCCUGGGAUGUGUUUGUUUGUGGCUUCAGCAUCAGUUGAUGUCCAGUCUGUCACCAAUUCUGAGGCUUUUUAUUGCAAAGCCGCUUUUUUUUUUUUUUUGUCUUUUUUUCAUAACUCUUCCUUUGCAUUUUAGUGCAGCUGCUUUCUGUGUUAUAUUUGUACUGUAAGAGUCUUGUAGUGCUUUUAUACAAUAAAAGAAAAACCAGACGGAUGUAUGCUAAAUUAUAGUCUUGAUACUGGCGUUCUGUUCUGUUGCAUUUUCAAAUGUGUAUAGUUCAAUAAAGUUCCUCUGCAUUCCUGUU